AAACACUAUCUUCCCGAUUGGAUACUUAUCUGUUACAAAAAUGUAGUAAAGCAAACAAAGAUCGAAACAUAGACGCGUGUAAGCAACGCGCACACAUAUCAGCAGAAACUCCUAUUAAAUCUCCUCUAUACUGCAGAGCAUAAUCCGAUAUCUUUGUGCCAAUCACUCAGAGAAGUAAUUCUUGCUCCUCAUAGAACACGCAAAAGCAAGGAAAGGCAUCGCCUUUCAAUCUCAAACCCUGACUGAAAUUACAUUUGCAUUAAAAUUUAAGUUGAAGAAGGAUGGGAGAUGGGAAGGACAAGCAUGAAAAUGAUUCUACUGAUAAAGGGUUGCUUUCACAUCUUGCUGGAUUUGCCGCUGGUCACUACGCACAUGGAUCGCAUCCGCAUGGUUAUCCUCCUCAACCAUAUACCCAACAGGGCUACCCACCUGCUGGAUAUCCUCCUCCUGGUGGGUGUCCGCCAGCAGGUUACCCUCCCCCAGGUGGAUACCCACCGGCGGGUUAUCCUCCUCCUGGCGGUUACCCCCCAGCUAGUUACCCUGGCCCGUCAGCUCCCCAUCAUUCAGGGCAUGGAUCGCAUGGAACUGGUAUGGGGGCGCUGUUAGCUGGGGGUGCAGCUGCCGCGGCUGCUGCUUACGGGGCUCACCACCUAUCACAUGGACAUGGACAUGGACAUGGCCAUCAUGGGUAUGGCUCUGGUCAUGGGAAGUUCAAGCAUGGAAAAUACAAGCAUGGGAAGCAUGGAAAGUCUGGAAAGCACAAGGGCAAAUUCGUUAAGAGAUGGAAGUGAUUAUUGCCCAUUUGACUCCCUCUCUUGUAAUAUAUGCACCAGCUUUCUCCAAUAACUGUUUUGGAUUUUCAUGAGUGCUUUAUUUUCUCCUAUGAAUCUAUAGUUCUGCUGCUUUA